CUUCUUUUGUGUACUUCGGCAGGGACGACGGCUGCAGGCGGCUGUUGUGAGCGUAGGCAGGCGAUAAAUACCCUUGAGGGUGUUCACUUCCUUCGACGCCUAGAAUCAAGGGUCCACCAUGAAGCUAACGCAAGUCAUCGCCGUGGCAGCAGCCGUCUUCUUGAGAGCUCCCGUGUCCUCGACGCCUUCCAAGGGACACACGGAUCAGAAGUGUGGAUACGAGAGCUGUCCGGCGAUCAGACCGGGCAUGUUGAACGUCCACGUGCUGGCCCACACGCACAUGGAUCUGGGAUGGCUAAAGACGGUUGACCAAUACUUCUAUGGAACCAAGAACUAUUACGCAAACGUGGGCGUCCGCUAUAUAUUCGAGAGCGUGCUGAACGAACUGGAGAAUGACCCGAGCCGGCGAUUCAUCUUCGUGGAGACAGGCUUCUUCAACCUCUGGUGGAAGAGGCUCAACGAGACCAAGAAGGAACGCUUCAACGCGCUCGUCCAGUCUGGUCGCUUGGAGUUUAUCAGCGGCGGCUGGGUGAUGAACGACGAGGCCUGCGUCCACUACACCAACGUAAUCGAUCAAAUGACGUACGGCAUGCGCAAGCUCAACGACACCUUCGGAAAAUGCGGCGUGCCCAGGAUAGGAUGGCAGAUUGAUCCCUUCGGUCACUCCAGAGAAUUCGCCUCCCUACUGGCGCAGAUGGGAAUGGAUGGGUACUUCUUUGGACGACUCGACUUCCAGGAUUUAAGAGCACGCAAGAAAGAUCACCGACUAGAGUUUGUUUGGAGCGCCAGCGAGAACCUCGGCAAGGCGGCAAACAUUUUUACGGGUAUCUUACCAAAUACAUACAGCCCCCCAAUGGGAUUUUGCUUCGAUAUCUACUGUUCGGACGAGGCCAUAGUGGCAAGUCAGUCCAAGACUGAACUACGUCUCCGUUACGCUAUAGACGUACAGUGA